GCGAAGCAGAGGAGAUGAGAGCAGCUUCAGCCGUGAAGAAUAACCUCAUUCUUCUGAGAAUCACUGAGCUCACAUGGAAACACAGCAUUCAACCAUGAAGUUUCAAGUCCUGUUUCUUCUCCUGCUGCUGACUUGCAUGUAUCCCAGUGUGGCACAAGGUUCCUAUGAAAACUGCUGUUUGAAGUAUGCGUCUGCAAAGAAGACCAUCAGGAGACAUGUCACGAGUUACAGAGUGCAAGAAACAGAUGGAGGAUGUAACAUUCCUGCUGUUGUCUUGACGCUGAAGAAAACAAGGCUCAUCUGUGUUGAUCCAAGACUACCUUGGGUAAAAAAAUUUAUACAGAAAAUGAGUGAGAAAAACACUGUGUGAGUUUCAGAUGCAGCUCUGACCACGUCACCGCAGACCAAACUGUAUUUCAAUGCAAAAUAUGUUUAUAUCACCCACGCACUAAUGUAACAGUAUGUAGUUUAUACCACUAUCAAUCCUGCUGAUUCAUAUUUUCUACACCUAUGAAUUGCUAUCUUCAUGCAGAGGUUCAUAAUGAACUGUAUUGUAUGGUCUGCUUCUGUUCAUUGUAUUAGAACAAUAUGAAUGUACGAACUGUGAAUAUUUGCUCUCUUUGCUUCAUAAUGAAUCUUUUUACACUUUAUGUAUAUAUAUAUUUUUCUUUUUUAUGUUUUAGUCAAAUAUAACCUGUGAACAGCAUAGCUUACAUGUAAGUGAUUGUGUGUGGGGGCGU